GGAUGAAGCAGUUAAGAUAACAGCCGAGGAGCAAAUGCAAAUCACUACACUGCAAAAUCUUGAAAAUGAAAUUAACUCAGGUUAGAAACUAGGCAGAUAAUGGGCCGUCACACUACCCCUCUAUCACUGUUUUUUUAAAGCUAUGGUCAUAAUGCAUGAUAAAAUGAACUCUUUGAGGCAUGCAUCAGAUCUAGAAAGACUAAGAAGACCAACUGAUGAGAUUCAAUUGCAUAUUCAUCAAAUCCUGAUAGAGGGAGAAUGACACAGUCCUGCAAUGUGAAAUGUCAGACAAGCCAACUCAGAGAGGAAAUUUCCAGGAUACUGGAGAAAAGAGGGCAGAUCUGUUCCAUGAUUUUGGAAAAACAAAGAAAAAUUGCUUCUUUAGGAGCUGAUUCUUCCACCCUCAACCAGACAUCAGAGCUCCUUCAACAAGAAAGAAACAACAUGUCAGCAAAACUUCUACAGAAAAGUGACUAUUAUGCUAAAACUGUUGAAGAAGUAACUGCUCAGCUAGGAGAACAACAGGGUUGGAUCAAAGAUUGCAAACAGAACUUGUGGGUUGGAGAUAAUGGCCAGGUGAUGGACAAAGUUGGUGAGAAAACUGGUGAAAUUGAAGAAAAUCAGGAUAAUUUGGCAGAAAUUCUAAAGAUGAAUUUGGCAGACGCUAAAACAAAGCUAAACCAGAUGAGUGAGCUGAAGUCCAAACUUGUCACAGAGAACAGCCAGGUAAGGAGAUCUAUUGAGCUUAUGAAGUCAAAAAUGAAUGAUUUCAAGGCACAACUCGGGGAUAUGGAUAGCAAAUCCUUGCAAGAGGAGUACCAAGCACUUCUCUCAGACAAAGCUGGAGAGGCAGAGUAUCUGCACUCUUUACAACUCCAGAUUGCAAAACUGAUGAUAAUUUCCCACAGUAUCAAAUGUUCUUGUGGAAAUGAGUUCAAGAUAGACAUGGAUCUUUGUGGAUGAAAAUGACCAGGGUCAGGCAAGUACUUCAACUAGCAAGUGGUGGAGUUUCUUCAUUACUUAUCAGGUAUGUAUGCAAAUAAUGGUCGAGAUAGUUUGAGAAAAAUGGGGAAGAUAAUGCAGGGAAGCUGUUGCAGUUGUUGAGAUGGCAUAAGAAUGUGGCUUGUACUUUGUUGCUGUAGCAUCUGUAUUCUAUGUAAAAGACAAUUUUAAAUGCUAGUAGAGUCCUGCUUGAAUGAAUAACAUACGCGCGACUGAACUUAAGCUGA